CCUCUACGAAUAUCAUCACCACCACCACCACCACCUCAAUCGGACCCAUUCAAUUCACAACCCCCCCAAAAAUGGUCCGACGAUUCUCCAAGUUCCCCAAAAAGCCCGCCGACUGGCUCGGUCCCGCGGCGCCUCUGUCCGAACGGAAGCAGAUCUUCCUUCCCGACUUCACAAUCGCCCUAAUCCGCACGCCGUUCCUCCCUCCCCGCUACGCCACCUUCUACGUGCCGCUCAACUUCAACAAACUGGAUAUGCGCGAUUACCUGCAGCGACUGUACGGCGUGGGCGUCGUCAGCGUGCGAUCAUUCGUCGAGCAACAGAAACUGACGAGGUUGAAAUCCCUGGGUCGUUAUGGAUAUGGAAAGAUUCGUCGCCCGCAGUCGAAGAAGAAGAUGACGGUGGAGAUGAAGGAGGCGUUUGUUUGGCCUGAGGCGCCGAAGGAUAUGGCUCCAUGGGAGAAGGACCAGUUCUUCAAGGCUCAGAAAUACCAGGAGGAGAUCCAGGAUAAGCAGAAGCCGGAUGCGGGAAUGAAGGCGGAUGAGAAGGAGAGGGAGGUUUAUAAGGAGGAUGCGAAGAAGUUGUUGGAGGGUGCUAAGCCGUGGAGGCCGACUUGGAGGGCUUUGGGGUUGGGGCAUUAUGAGAGGCCGUUGGUUAAGUCGUGAUUUUAUUGAUUCAUUGAUAUGUUGGUUUAGAAAUUUGUUGCUUGUUUGGUAUAUCAGGGUUCAAGUUAGACAGUUUGUGAUUGAUG